AUGGAAAAGCCUGUCAGUGUCCACUCUGAGCUCAGAGGACUCCAGUUUCUGGAUAACGCGGCAACGUCUAUCAAUAAGCAUUCCCUCUUCACAGACCUCGAGCAAAGGACACACACAUCCCUAGGACGCCUGGCUAGUGCCACCAGCUCUCUAGCCAACAGGGGGGCUCUUCCUCGGCUCCCAGCUAGUCCACCUACGCCGCCAUGGCGUGAGUUCGUGCCCGCAACAACGCUUCACAUCCCGGGUUUACGGAAGAAGAGCGAGUCCAGCCCCCUGGUGGCCAGGAAUGCGGCUGAGAACCUGAUAAGCGAUGUCUACUACACACAUACUCUGGUGUUCACGGAUGGCUUCAUUGACCACCGUUCCGAGAGCGCUACCAGUGCGUACUACAUCCCGUCAAUGAACAUGGCCUGGCAAGGGAAAUCAGUUCGUCACCCUAUCUCAUCAACGACGGCAGAACUCCUGGCCUUGUUAUACGCAGCUGCUGCGGUUCAAGUCACUGGAAUAGCUAAGGCCGUUUUGCUUACGGACUCCAGAAGUGCCCUCAGUAACGUGAUGAACUCCAUGUGUGGUAGCAUCCUAGCCCGGUGUAUAAGGAGGUCGUGUGCCCAGCAUAGGCUAACCGGAGGUGAGCUUACUCUUCAAUGGACCCCAUCUCCUGUAGGCAUCAGAGGCAACGAACGAGCGGACCAGCUAGCAUCCUCAGCACACCACAGCUGCAGCCCGUCCUUACCAGUUCCGGCCGACACCGACAGGCACAUGGCCGUCAAACAGCUAGUUGAAGUGCGUCAUCAUGGCAUAGAGGACAUCAUACAGAAUCAUCGACCCUCUCUUCCCACGAAAGAGCUUCCCCGUGUAAUGCAGACAAUGUUCCAUCGGAUACGCACGGGAUAUGCGUUCACGAACUCGCAACCCUUCAAGAUCGGCUCCAGGGAGGACUCCAGUUGCGGUCACUGUAAUCAUCCGGAGACUAUCGCACAUAUCCUGACGUUUUUACUAAGUCAUGUACUCCAAGCAUAA